CUCAGCUCCGCUUAGCUGCCUGGUUUUGAAUGGCGUUGACUGACGUCACGAAACGCGGCACACUGGUGAGACUGUUUAAAGCUGUGAAGCAUUUCAGGAUGGAUCUCAGAGAAUAGGAACAGAGGGACACGCUGUCUGAACGACUCCAUGCGCUCCAGACAGAAGGCUUGAUACGUCGACACAUACAGACAGCCGCAGACUGAGAGACUUGGAAGGACUUACUUUUUCAGCACUUUGAUUGAGUUUUUUCCUUCUAAAAAACGGUGGAGAUGUUUCAUCCCUGUAAUGUUUUAAUCAUCUUAUUGCUGGUGGUCGCGGAAUGCGGAGCGAUAUCGCAGAUGGGGGCUCAGGUCGGCGACUGCCCGUCCCGCUGUCACUGCGAGGAGGACGGCAUGCUUCAACGUGUCGACUGCUCGGAUCUCGGGCUCACGGACAUUCCAGCCAACCUUAGCGUCUUUACUUCUUAUCUUGAUCUGAGUAUGAACAACCUGACCCUGUUGUCCUCCGGUGCCCUCUCCAACCUUCACUUCCUUGAGGAGCUACGUCUUGCAGGCAACGAUUUGACGCACAUUCCCAAAGGAGCGUUCUACGGCCUCUUCAAUCUCAAAGUACUGAUGCUUCAGAACAACCAGCUACGACGGGUUCCGGGCGAAGCCCUUCAGAACCUCAGGAACCUCCAGUCUCUUCGUCUGGAUGCCAACCACAUCUCCAGUGUUCCUCGGGGCUGCUUCGACGGCCUCCAGUCUCUACGUCACCUGUGGCUGGAUGACAACUCUCUGACAGAGGUGCCAGCAGACGCCCUGGGGGCCCUGUCCUCCCUGCAGGCCAUGACCCUGGCUCUCAACAGAAUCACACAUAUACCUGACCGGGCCUUCACUAACCUCUCCUCCCUCGUGGUCCUGCAUCUCAAUAACAAUAGAAUCCGCACCCUGGGAACGCAGUGCUUUGACGGCCUUCACAGCCUGGAGACUCUAGAUCUCAACUAUAACAACCUGGAAGAGUUCCCUAUUGCAAUCAGAGCCCUGAGCACCCUGAAGGAGCUGGGUUUCCACAGCAACAACAUCAAGUCCAUCCCCGAGCAGGCCUUCACUGGACACUCCACUCUUCUGACAAUAUUCUUCUACGACAACCCCAUCCAGUUUGUUGGCCAGUCGGCCUUCCAGCACCUCCCUGAGCUGCGGACACUAUCUCUGAAUGGUGCAGCAGAAAUCACAGAGUUCCCGGACCUCACUGGCACCAAGAGUCUUGAGAGCCUGACCAUCACCGGAGCUCGCAUCACAUCCCUACCCACCACUGUGUGUGACCAGCUACCCAACCUGCAAGUGCUAGAUCUGUCCUACAACAUGAUCCAGGCUCUGCCCAGCUUCAGAGGAUGUGAGAAGAUUCAGAAAAUUGAUCUGCACCACAAUGAAAUUGAAGAGCUGCAAGCUGACACAUUCCAGGGACUGACUUCCCUACGGUCUCUUGACCUGGCUUGGAACAAGCUGUCCUCUCUGAACCCACUCUCCUUCUCCAGUCUGCCUGCCCUCAUCAAACUUGAUCUUACUUCCAACCGGUUGUCCUACCUGCCUGUAUCUGGGCUCCAUGGACUCACACAUCUCAAACUAGCUGGCAACGAGGACCUGCAGGAGCUACUGCCUGCUGAGAGCCUCCCCAAACUGAGGGUGAUGGAGCUGCCCUAUGCCUUCCAGUGUUGUGCCUUCGUCUCCUGUGAGAAACACUCCUCUCCCUGGGACAGAGACAAUAACAACAACGGGAAGGACGACUUCGGGAGGAGGGAGGGCAUCUUGUCUAACCAAGACCACGAGGACUUUCUGUUGGACUUUGAUGAUGAGCCCAAAUCCCACCACACUGUCCAGUGUUCCCCAUCACCUGGUCCGUUCCGUCCUUGCCACCACCUGUUUGGCAGCUGGUUGAUCCGUGUUGGUGUGUGGGUCAUUGCUACUCUCUCCCUGGUCUGCAACACACUGGUGAUGGUCUCCAUCUUUCUCUCCCCGUCCUUCCUGUCCGCUGUGAAGCUGCUGAUUGGCCUGCUGGCUCUGGUAAACAGUCUGAUGGGGCUGUGGUCUGCCACGUUGGCCACCGUCGAUGCCUUGACCUUCGGCAGCUUCGGCCGCUACGGGGCGCGUUGGGAGAGCAGCACGGGCUGCAAGCUGACCGGCUUCGUCUCCAUCUUCGCUUCUGAGACCAGUAUCUUUUUACUGACUGUGGCCGCCCUGGAGAGGGGGCUGUCGAUACGGAGAGGCAAGGCCGCCGAGGGGAAGACUUCGACGGGCACGCUGAGGCUGGUGGCCGCCUUGUGUUUCCUUCUGGGCCUGGCUAUCACCCUGCUCCCCCUGCUGGGGGACUAUGGAGUCUCCUCCAUCUGUCUCCCCAUGCCCUACGAAGAGCCCUCCUCUCUGGGCUUCAUGGUGGCUCUAGUCCUGGUCAACUCCCUAUGUUAUCUCAUCAUGACCGUCACAUACGCCCGCCUCUACUGCAGCCUGGAGAAAGGAGAGCCGGACAACCUGUGGGACUGCUCCAUGAUCCGUCACGUGGCCUGGCUUCUGUUCACCAACUGUCUCCUCUACUUCCCUGUAGCCUUCCUCUCCUUCUCCUCCCUGCUGAAACUCCCCUCAGUAGGUCCUGAGGUGGUGAAGUCGGUGCUUCUAGUGGUGGUUCCUCUCCCAGCCUGCCUCAACCCUCUACUCUACGUCCUCUUCAACCCCCACUUCAGAGAGGACCUGGGCCUGCUCCACAGAAGGACUCGCGGCGCCCUGCACCUCAGCGGACCCCGCCGACUCAGCCUCGUCUCGCUCAACUCGGAGGACGCCGAGAAACAGUCAUGUGACUCCACGCAGGCCCUGGUCACCUUCGGGGUGUCAGAGGAGGAGGAGGAGUCUAGAGGGGUGGGGCAGCAACCCAGCGCCGAGGCACACCACCCUCCUGUUGCCUUCAUCCCCUGUCGCUAGGCAGACUAGCGUUCAGGCUUCACUGUUUUUACUCCCAGGGCUGCAGGGCUCUGGGUUCUACCCCCAGUACCCCAUGCCCUAGAUCAACCCCCUACACACAGACACAGACUGUGUUAGAGCAGUACAUGUAGCCAGAGAGGAAGGAUGAAGAAACAAGGCCACUGCUACAUGGACAGGAACAGGACACAAAAUGGCCGCCAUGGCUCUCCUCUGAAUCAGAACUCUAAUAUAGAGCUAGAUAGACUCCCAUUGUCCUGGUUUUCAUGUCUCUCUAUCUGUCUGAAUCAGAACUCUGAUAUAGAGCUAGAUAGACUCCCAUUGUCCUGGUUUUCAUGUCUCUCUAUCUGUCUGAAUCAGAACUCUAAUAUAGAGCUAGAUAGACUCCCAUUGUCCUGGUUUUCAUGUCUCUCUAUCUGUCUGAAUCAGAACUCUAAUAUAGAGCUAGAUAGGCUCCCAUUGUCCUGGUUUUUAAUGUCUCUCUAUCUGUCUGAAUCAGAACUCUAAUAUAGAGCUAGAUAGGCUCCCAUUGUCCUGGUUUUCAUGUCUCUCUAUUGUCUGAAUCAGAACUCUGAUAUAGAGCUAGAUAGACUCCCAUUGUUCUGGUAUUCAUGUCUCUCUAUUGUCUGAAUCAGAACUCUGAUAUAGAGCUAGAUAGACUCCCAUUGUCCUGGUUUUCAUGUCUCUCUAUCUGUCUGAAUCAGAACUCUGAUAUAGAGCUAGAUAGACUCCCAUUGUUCUGGUAUUCAUGUCUCUCUAUCUGUCUGAAUCAGAACUCUGAUAUAGAGCUAGACUCCCAUUGUCCUGGUUUUCAUGUCUCUCUAUCUUUCUGUACAGUACCAGCUAUGUGUAAACCCCAGCCUGGCAGCUUGAUGCCGGACAGAAGCACAACUGAUUGCGUUAUGAACACAGUUAUGAACAGUUUUCGAUCAUCAUAUGUACACCAACACAGUGGCCAUGCUCUCUUUUAAUGAAGGUACUUGACUCUAUAAUAUGUAGGCCAGGACGAGGAGGAGGAGGAGGAGGAAGAGGAAAUUCCACACUGCAUCUCUAUGCUUUCAGUUUUAAUUCCGAUAGAUCCCUAAGAUAAAACACAUCAUCUGAGUUUAAACAUCCUCUCUGACAGUUAUAUAAUUACAAGCAGAGUUUUGUGAGAACAAUUCGUAAGGUGUGUGUGUGUGUGUUUGCGUGUGCGUUUGUGUGCGUGUGCGUGUGUGUGUGUGUGUGUGUGUGUGUGUGUGUGCGUGUGUUGGGUCUUGUCAUCUAUCGAUACUUGGUGUUAAAAGUGUGGUGACCUUGUGAGAUUACACCAGCUUAGACUGCCAUAUCACAACAUUCUCCUUCAGCAACAACGGCACCAAUUACAUUUGGUCACAUAUGCCACACUGUGUGUGUCUACAAUGUGUGUGUGUGUGUGUGUGUGUGUGUGUGUGUGUGUGUGUGUGUGUGUGUGUGUGUGUGUGUGUGUGUGUGUGUGUGUGUGUGUGUGUGUGUGUGUGUGUGUGUGUGUGCCUGUUCAUUUGUGUACAUUAUACUGUGACAAUCUGUUUUCCUUGUUUAGAAUAUGCCAGUUUUGUUUUAAAGUAAGGUUUGGUACGUAUUCGUAUUUGACCCAACUAUUUCGUUGUAAAAGUUUUCCCCCGAUUUAGUGAGUUGUUGCUUUUAGACUGUUUUAUCGAUGCACCGUUACCGUUUAGAGUCAACACAGUAUAAUACAUCUUUAGUUGUGUUUAUCAUUUAACUAUAUCAAUCACCAGCAUGCAUGAUUCUCCUCCAUUACCUAGUGACUAGAGCACGCACCUGGGGGAGGAGGGGAGAGAGGGGAGAGGAGGGAAAGAGAGAGGAGAGGAGUUGAGAGGAGAGAAAGAGAGAGGAGAGGAGUUGAGAGGAGAGAAAGAGAGUGAGAGCGAGAGGAGAGAAAGAGAGGGGAGAGGAGUUGAGAGGAGAGGAGAGGAGAGAACGAGAGGGAGAGGAGAGAAAGAGAGAGGAGAGGAGAGAAAGAGAGGGAGAGCGAGAGGAGAGAAAGAGAGGGGAGAGGAGAGGAGAGAAGAAGAGAGGGGGG